CUUCCCUACCUUAUCCUUCGCUCUACCUAGCUGCCUGGGUACUUACGAAGUAUACCAUCACAGUUGCAUAUUCGAGUUCUUGAUUGAUCCUCGCACCCUUGUCUGCCCUGUCCUAUCUUCUCCUCUCCUCUCCUCUCCUCCUCUCCUCCUCUCCUGGUCCCUGCCGGAUAUCCUGAAGCCGAGUCGAUCGUUUUGUUCCUGUCCCUAGUCUUUCGUUUUGAAAUCAAUCAUUCCAAUCCAAUCCAAUCCAAUCCGAUCUCGACGUCCAGCAUCUGAGCAUUGAAGUUCCUGUUGGUUCCUUACUAUAUUCUGCCAGGAUUUUCCCAGCCUCGAUCCAGCCUCGAUCCAGCCUCGAUCCAGCCCCUUGGCCGCGCCUCGCCUCCCCUCCCUUCGAAACAAGCAACGAGAAACACUGCACUCAUUGCAUCAAUCAUCACGAAUGUGCCUUCGAUCAGCCACAUACCCCCAAAGCACUUCGAGUCGCCGAGAUCAAUGAUUUCACGACUCCCGAUUCUACCAUGCCUCUGAUGACCGGCCUGUUGAGGCGCCGCGGUCCUUCGAGCAAUGCAGAUCUUCGACGACACAGCUUCUAUCCCGCCGAGUCCUCGAACAACUUGCCAGUACCCGUCGUUGAUAGCAGGGCCAGCGAACAAAUUCCACGACGGCUAUCGGCCGCCGAUUUCUUGUCGCCAGAUGUUGCAGUAGAUGGCUCAUCUUCAAAUGGUACACCAGCUGAGGGUGGUGCCGAGUCCCUACGAACUGUGUCACCACCAAUCCAAGAAGAGAGCCAAAAACAUCGUCGCUUCAGCAUGUUGAAGUUUCGGCACGCCUCAGAUUCUCAAUUGGCCACCAGGGCCCGCAUGCAAGCUCGUGCUGAUGCUGAUACCCCUCCUCUACCUCAACCUCCAGAGAUAAUUACGACCGCGCCAACAAUGGACAUUAACGCGGCACGACCAACAAAGAAGAAGUCGAGGGUUAAGCUCCCAGGUCGAACAAAGACCUCGUCCAUGGACAGCCAAGCCGAAGAGCCAAUUUCCUCAGAUAUUACAAAGAAUGAAAAGAAGGAGCGGAGGAAGACAAUGUCCGAGUCAGCACCAUCUGGUACCAAAGGCAGAGUUACAUUUGACGAGCCAGAGCGCCCUGUAACCCAUGUUGGAGGCUCUCCCCCAGCAUAUGGCGAUGACGGCAAUUCAACCCUGGCACUCCCUAUUACUCGAUUGUCUGAAUCUUCCAGGUCGGAUGGCAGCUCUGGAGAUCAUGGCGUGUACGCAACGACCACAACCACUACGCACACUGUCCAUACAACCACUACUUUCUUCCGUCUGCCCCGUCGCAAGAAGCCUGCGCCACUGUUUGACCUGUCGCAUCUUCCCCAAAAGACUCACAAUCAAGAGUCCUCCCAAUCUCUAGUUGCUGCACCUCGAAAUUCAGCAAGUUCUUCAAGGAUUCUAGGAACAGAAUCUCCUGCGGUGAAAGCGCUUCGGUCUCCUUCGGCGGACGAUGUGGGAGCUCAAGGACGCUUUGCGUCACCACUUCCGUCCCCCAGCCAUUCACAUACUGCUCUUGCCAAAGCUUCCACCGCAUUUGCAACUCCGUUGUUGCGACAUGGCUCUGCAGCAUCCACAAAGUCAUCUCCAAAUCGCGCAAGGCUUGGCCUUAGGGGUAGAUCUUCAACCCUGAGCUCCUUGAGAAACAUGCCAACAGAGGAUUCGUUACCAACACCCACGUUACCUUCUACUCGCACGUCAACUUCGACAGGGAGGAAAAGCUUUGGGGAUCUAUUUGGCCUUUCCCACAGACUUCGACAGAACUCAGAACCACCUUUCCAUUACGGAUCUGGACCGGCUACUCCAGGUUCCAGUACAUCAAAGAACAAUUCGAUGCAGCUAGUCAGAGAGCCAGUAGCACCGAUAGUAUUGCCAGAAAGGUAUGAAGAUGAUACACCUGCGAAAUAUCUCGUUCGUCUUGAGGAAGCAGUCAGCAGAGGUGUCGUCGCUAGUGUGCUGUCUAAAGGCACGGAUCCAUUCUCUCAGGCCGUCCUGCGAAGUUACAUGCGUGGCUUUGGGUUUUUUGGUGACCCAAUGGAUAUGGCGAUUCGAAAACUGCUUAUGGAAGUUGAGCUUCCAAAGGAAACUCAGCAGAUUGACAGGUGCUUACAAGGAUUUGCUAACAGAUACCACGAAUGCAAUCCUGGAAUAUAUGCAUCUCCUGAUCAAGCAUAUUUUAUCGCAUUCUCUCUACUCAUUCUCCACACUGAUGUAUUCAACAAGAACAACAAGCACAAGAUGCAGAAACCAGACUAUCUCAAGAAUACCAGAGGAGAAGGCAUAUUUGAUGAAAUACUCGAAUGCUUCUACGAUAACAUCUCUUACACACCUUUCAUCCAUGUCGAGGAUGAUCUUGAUAUAAACGGCGAACGCAUUAUACAGCACAAAACCAAGAAGAAGUCAAUCUUUCCUCGUGGAGCUGUAGAUCCCACCAAACGCCCAUCUAAGGAACCGGUCGAUCCCUACACCCUCAUCAUAGAUAGCAAGCUUGAUUCGCUAAGACCCAAUCUUAAAGAUGUGAUGUGUUUGGAGGAACCUUACAGCUAUCUGGGCACAGCUACAUCUCUUAAUCUGCAAGACCUACAGAAGACAUUUUUCCGGACUGGGGUUUUGCAAAUUGUAUCUGCGAGAUCGAGACCCGACGCUUUCAUGAACGAUAAGACUCUAAACAACCCAGAAGAAGCCCAUCCUGGGAUUGUCGACAUCAAAAUUACCAAGGUCGGACUGCUAUGGCGCAAGGAUGCCAAAAAGAAGAAAACAAGAUCGCCUUGGCAGGAAUGGGGUGCUAUCUUAACAGGUGCCCAGCUCUAUUUUUUUCGAAAUACCGCCUGGAUCAAGAGCUUGAUACACCAGUUGGAAACGCAUGUUAAGCAAGGACAUGAUGGGAUUCCGGUCAUCUUUAAGCCUCCCCUAGAUUCGUUCAAACCAGACGCACUGAUGUCUACGGAUGAUGCUGUUGCCUUGCUGGAUUCGACGUACAAGAAGCACAAGAAUGCCUUCGUGUUUGUUCGACAUGGAGGCUUCGAAGAGACAUUUCUCGCCGACAAUGAGCAUGAAAUGAACGACUGGCUUGCGAAACUCAAUUAUGCCGCGGCAUUCAGAACGUCGGGUGUUAGGAUGAGAGGUGUAGUCGGGGGCAACUACGAAGGCCAACGUACCCGAGGAAUUCGACGAUUGGAUAGCCACAACGAGUCCACAAAAUCUGUUCAGACCCCAACAGGUGAAGUUACUAUUGUUAGUGGGAGGAUUGAUAUACAAAUGGCACAAGACAUUCUUGCUGCCAGACGAGAGAUCAUGUUGCAAAAGAUUGCCGAUGCCGAGGUCAAACUCGCUGCUGCUCAAAAACAGCUCGACGCACAACUCAGAAAUGCCCGCCAUCUUCAGAUCCUUGCCCCAAUCCAACAAAAGACCAGGGAGCAAGUCAUUCUAGCUGCUGGGCGGAUGGCUGCUCAGCUGAAAUGGGGACGAAUGGAAAUCUGGCGUCUGAAGUGCCACAAGGAUAUCUUGACUAUGGACCUUGAGGAAGAGAAGAACCCCACGGUGGCAUCGCCUCGGCGUGACUUGGCAGAGACUCCCACGUCCGAUCGCGAUAAUCUGGCUCGCCUGCCUUCGAAGGCAAGUAGCAAUACCCCUCUACGAACCCCUCGUUCGCCAAUUGCACAGUCAGCCAAUCGCCCAUCCACUGCAAAUGUACCCACUUCGCCCAUCCGCCAUGAAAAUGAGUUGGAUGAUAUUUUCCAAACCCCGCCCGAGCUGACAAAAUCUUCGAGUUUUAACAAGGCACAAGCAUCGUGGGAGCUUCCACCACUUACCUUUGAUUCACGUAGUGCACGCAAACCUUCUUUCUCAAGCGCUGUUUUGCCUUCUAGCCCCAACUUAGCUGCCACCCCAUCAAAAUCCAGUCUGAAGCCAAUAGCAAGUGGCGAGUCUCAACGAGCUCCUUCACCAAACAUUGACGCUGCAGAGCAGGCUGUUCUUGAACAAGAAGGACUUGUAACUAUAGACAUGGACAAGACUCCAGAUGGCAAGCGACCUGUUACCAGCCUUGGGAAUGAAGAAGGGAAGGAUCAGGUUGUAGAGAAAGACAGGUUGGAUAGAGGAAAAAUUCGUCGGAGCCUGCACCGGACCCUUCGAGAAACCCACGUUCCUUCACACACGCGGAGUCGAAAAGGCAAAGACUCUUCCUCAAGUGCGGGCAUGUCAGAGGAAGGCAAAGAUGAUGUCCUGUCUCGAGGCACCGGAAGUUUUGUCGUUCAUGGCAAAAAAGCAUCUGUAAUAACUUUCGGAUCGGAACUCCAGAGCAUGUCGCAAGAGGAGCGAAUUCGUCUCCGGAAACAACCACACAAAGAUGAGCCAGCACAUUUAUCCUCCACAGCUAUUGAGGAUGACUUCCAUUCUGUUCUAGCUGAGCCCUAUGUGUUUCACGAGCGCCAUGAUUCGCAAGCUACGACCAGCACAGCGACUGCGAGGAGUUUCCGAGACUUGCACCGGAAAUUAGCAAGCCACUCGCUUGGCCCUUCUGACUCUAUGGCUUCCGACGGCGAAGACAGUGAUGCUGCAAUCAGCUUGUCGGAAGGCCGGAGAACACCACUGCCGCAGGCCGAGGACGAAGACGGAGACACAAGUAGCAGCCGUCCCGUAAGCCAAGCUCAACAAGCAAUGUUCUACACCCCUGAAGCCUCGAAUUCCCCGGCCGUGCGGGCAUUGUCAGAGAAGAACCUCACACCACUGCGACAUGAUGAUGGCAUGGAUCUCGAUGCCCAAGGCGAGAACGAGAGAUUAUCGAUAUUGCAGACUGCCAUCAGCGCUUGA